AUGCACCGGCAUGGUGGUAAGCUGCAAAAUCUCUUCCCCGAACCCCCUCAAAACACACACCUAAUCACCUACCCUCCUGCGCAGGGCUCCCACAUCCUCACCAGCCUUAUAUCCAGCGCCGGCGUCAGCCGGGUCGAUACCAUUUCACGCCGAACCCCAGCAGCCGCCACCGAUGCCCCCGCAAAACUCACCACUUUCGUUUCCGACGACAGCUCAAAGUGGGCUGCCCAGCUCUCCGCCCUCACCCCCACCCCGGACAUCUUCCUCUCAUCGUUCGGCACCACCAAAGCGGCAGCGGGAGGCUUCGAGAAUCAGUACAAGAUCGAGCACGGUCUUAACGUUGAGCUAGCGCGCGCGGCCCGCGACGCUGGUGUUAAGGUUUACGUACUGAUUUCCAGCUCUGGCGCAAACAAGGCCUCGUCGAUCCCGUAUACGCGGAUGAAGGGCGAUAUCGAGGAAGAUGUCAAGGCGCUUGGGUUUGAGCGCACGGUUAUUCUUCGCCCUGGUCUGAUUGCUGGGACAAGGGAGGAGAGUCGGCCUGCUGAGGCUGCUAUUCGCUUUGUUGCUGGGUGGGCUGGUAAGCUUCACUCUAGUUUGAAGGAUGCGUGGGCUCAGGAGGCGGAUGUUAUUGGCCAGGCUGCCGUUAAGGCUGGAUUGAAGGCUCUCGAGGGCAAUGUUCCUGCUGGUAGUGAGAAGGUUUGGUUGAUCGAAGGAAAAUCCAUCAUUGACAUCGCCAAGAGCGAUUGA